CUUGUUUUAGUAAGAUAAAAGCUAUCUGAAAGUGAGGGGGGAUGGAGGGAUGAGUGUUGAAAUCGAUGUUAAUUAUGUUGAAUUUUUUAAGGUGGGUUUUAAUCAUACUUAAAUUCAUUAUUUAGACGUUGGUUGUUUGAGAAUCCAGGUGGUUUCGGGGAGAGAGAUUAGGAGGAGUGAAUCUAGGUGUGAUGGAUUCUAGAUGUUUGGUUUUGAAUAGAUGUGGUGGAAGUAGAACUAGAUAUAAAUACUAUCUUCUUUUUGCGUUGGGAUGCUUGCGAUUGGGAUUCUGAUUUAUUGGGCAGAAAAAAUGCAUACAGCCAAGAGAGAAACAUGGGUAUUGAUAUGGAUUGAGGAACAAACAAAGGGGAAUAAUGAUUCAAAUACCAUUUACCAUGCUAAUCCAACUGGGUAUACAGUGGUGAGGGCCUACAGGGUGCUUAAAGCUGCUUUUGUGCGUUGCAGAGCUAGAUGCUAGUAGCUAUUUAGGAGGGGAGGCAUGAAUGCAGAGAAUUGGUCUUAUGUGCAAAUUUAGAUCUUAGGAGGGGGCCAGUGGGGGCAUGGAUUAAUGAGCCGAGAGCAUGACCAUGGCAGCUGAAGUGGGAAAGGAGAGCUUUAACGGAAGUGGGUCAUGCAGGUGAGCAAGGAGGAAAAGCGGGGCCACAAAAAGCCAAAGUGUUCGAUUGAUUGCAGCUGCUGUUUUACUUCUUUGAUGUGGGUGUAAUGCAUGUUGGGCCCUCAAAGACAUAGGCUUAUGGAUAGAUUGAUUCAGAUUCUGUUGGUUUUGCAACACUGCACACGUGUGAUGAGGUGAUAGGAAAUUGGAAUAGUAGGAUUUCAUAAGAAUUGUGUUGUAGGCUCUAUGAAUCUGGAGCUGCCUGCACUUGUGUACCACGCGGUGGGCAAAAACAUGAUGAGAGAUCAGAAAGUUCCUCUUUCUAUUCUUUUGUUCUCCUUGAGAGCAAGCACUGCAGCUUUCCUUAGAAUUAGGACAUAAUGGUGUUGGAUCUGUUGCCACAGAUACAUAUAUCUUGCAAGCUAAGCUUUAGACAGAUAGGGGAGGGCAAAAUUUGUUAAAAAGUAUAUAUGUUGGUACGCAAAACAGCAGAGAGGAUACCAAUCUUAAUCAGAAAUUAGAAUCAACUGGCACUUAUAUGAUAUUCCUGGUUUCCUUGAUGCAGUUUCUCUCCGUGAUCAUAUUCCUCUUCUAUAAGUAGUUUAACGUUGACUAUUUCUCUCUUGAUGCCUGGUAUGUGUUUUGUUUCCCCCCAUGUUGACUGUUGUUAUGUGAGCUGUUGUUACUCUGAUCUGUAGGACGAUAUAUUUUAAGAGGCAAUUGGGUAUACAUACCUGCUUUUCAUAGUUCUGCUGAGAAUCAGAAAUUCUUGUUAUAUAUAACCAAUUGUGGGUAUAUGAUCUUCUUAUCCACUGGGGUUCUGUAUGUGCCUUGCCUAACCAGGGAUUGUGAAUAUGUGAAUAACCUUCUCUUUCUAAUGCUGUUCCACCCGUAAAGGCAAACAGUAGUGGGUUUAUAGGCACAUAUCUGCUUAUCUAUAGAGCGAUUGUGCUGCCUAUUGCAAGGAAAUAUUUCUGGGUUUGUAAGCAUAUAGAUGUCUCCUCCGGCUGGGUCACAGGAGUUGUGUGUUUCAUAUGUCAAACAACUGUAAAGGGCGUUGAUUGGUCAUCCUUUUUGUUUUCAGCCAAACAAUUGGAGGUGUUUGUAUUUGUGCCAGAUCCUCCGAUUUCUUUUCUCCUUUGAGGCUCUUUUCAUGGCAGUAGCAUCUAUCAACUGGGUCUAAGUUCGACCUCUGGCAGCAAACAAUUGUAAGUGCAAACUUGACUCCUCAUAGUUCUGUUUUCUGAAGAUCUUUGUAACCUUGCGGGAAUACCAAUUCUAGAUAUGUAAGCCUAUGCCAGCUUCUCUUAGUUCCGCCCCUUUAAAUCAUCCCUGUGAUCCAAUCUUCUGGAGUUAUUUGUAUAUUCCUUAACGUGUCUUGCUAGCAGUUCUAGUUUAACAUAGGAGCUAUUUUUUUGGGGACUCCUCAGUCACUUCAAAAGUUGUGUAUAUCCCUAUUCUGAUAGUCUUCGAGUGCACUUAGAUAUUAACUACAUAUAUAUAGUCUAUUUUGCUAAGGACCUGGCAGUUCGGGAUUUUCGUGUUGGAUGUUAGAUGGCAAUGCUGCUGCUGAGAUCAGGCGGUCUGUCUGGUCUGGCUGGCACUCAGAAGGUCCCUCUGUCAUCCUUGACCUACACCAGGGAAGGCAGCAUCAGUGGCAACAUGAUACAGGAGGAGAACUCACAGCAUCCACAUCAACAAAGGAGCUCCAGAUCGAGCAGGAAGUCAAAGAACGGUCAGAAGAAGAUCCCUCAGCGUGGUCUAGGUGUUGCCCAGCUGGAAAAACUACGCCUGGAAGAGCAACAAAAGCAGGAGGCAGCCUGUUUGGCAUCUCUUCAAAGAGCUCAUGCCCUCCCUCCAUUUACAAGUGCACUGCAUUCUCAGGCCGCCUUGCAUCCUCAGGGGAAUUCUCUUGUUUUUACUCAUAAUUGUGCUUCACAAAUCAAGGGCAGGCCUCUUGAACAGCACCAGCCAUUCAUGUCCCCAACAAAUAACUGCAAAAUGUCAGAUUCCAUUAUUUCUAUGGUCAAUCUCCACUCCAUAAAUUAUAGGCAACAGAUGGGAUUGGGCAGCAGUAACAGUAGCCCACAGCAGCAGUCACCUAGGGAAGAAAACAGGGCGUUGACCAGGAAUAGGAGCAGUGACCCAGAGUCAAGUGUGACUAAUGUAGGUGUGGCCAGUUCUGGCUUUGUCUCAGGAUCAUGGCCUGCUCAGACAGGCAAUGGUGAAGAUAUGAAUCGAUAUUUGAAUCAGGAAAUGGAUACGAGAAAAGCAAACAUGUUUUCAUUAAGAUUUCAGAACUCCUCCAGCCCUCCAAAUGAGUUCAGAUUUUUUGAACCCUUUCUAAGAUCUCCAGCCCCAUCACGGAAGCUGCCAGUGGUGAGCAUUUCAUCGUCUGGAGCUACCAUGCAAUUGGAGCCCCCUUCAAACCAAAGCUACUCAACAACUCCUUCCUAUAAUGAGGAAGACAGGAUUGCCGGCAUAAAACGACCCUGGCCUUUCUCCCAAGAGAAUCCUACUUGCCCAGUUCAGUCAAAAGCUACUUGCCUGAAUGUUGGGAUUGGCAUUCAUCAGAAAUUCGAGAAUAUUGGCAAUUCAAAUAUAGAUAGAUUAGAGGCUAUUAAACACGAAUCUCCUGGCAUUUUCAGAAAUUCUUUGGGUAUUUCUCUUGGAUCCCUCAAGAAGAAGACAGCAUGGCAAGCAAACUCUGAAUUGGCAUCCCCAGGUGAUCAGCCUCAUUCUGAGAUAAGCUUCUCAUGUGACAGUGGAAGCACUCCUAAGAUUGAAACUCCUGAUGGCUCCUUUUUGACUCUUGGUUUGCCUCAUCCAACUGAUGGGGAUUGUCGUGGGAACGAACUUUACUGCAAACCGAUACAACAUUUCUCCACUUCUGAAACUAGUGAUGAAUGCGGACUGCCAAACAACCCUUCAAUCCAUCUAAAUCAGGAAAUUAGUGGAGGCCUAAGCACCACAGCGGUUUUUCCAUCUAAUGGAUUGCUUAAACAUUGCUCCAUCAAAUCAGCAGAUUUUAGACACCAGGAGGACCAAUCUGUGCCUUUUUACAAAUUUCUGCAUACCCUGAGCGAUCAAGGAACUGCAGACUUUAUUUGUUUGGACAAAAAAGUAAGCAAUAGAGAUCCAAAGGAAUCGGUUGAUUUGAAAUUAAGGUUAUCUCUCUGAGUGGUAGAGGCUUAGAAGGUUAACAUGAAUUCCUUAAAUGUGAAGCGAUAAGGAUAUUUAUAUGGGUUAAGUACCCAUUUCCCCCACUCCUGUUUUGGUUUUUAAUUAACUGCUACUCCUAGGUAUUGAUGAACCAUCCAUAUAUUUGGAUGGGAGUACACUGAUUGUUUUGUUAUUUAAAUAUAGUCAAAUGGAGGGAGUACUGACUGUUGUGCAUCGAUUUGUUUGUAAGAUGCCCAAAAAAUCCUGUUUUGUACUCCGAUAUUAAUGAUGUUUUUUUGAGUGAA